AUGACGGUCAAACCAGUCCCAGCCGCAAAGGCUGAAUCCUUCGGCGAAGUAGUGGCAAGACUUGCUUUGAAGGCUCUCAAGAAGUGGAAGACUGCAGGUCCUGGCGAACGCGUCAUGAUUGCAAUUGCUGGCAUUCCCGGCUCCGGCAAGACGACAUUGGCGAAAGCAGUAUCGGGCAAGAUCAAUCAGAUCUAUUGCAAUGAAGGCAGUCAGCCCCGAGAUCAAAUGAUCUCAUGCGUCUUACCCAUGGACGGCUUCCAUCUGUACCGCUUACAACUAGCAACGAUGCCGGAUCCAGUCGUGGCCGUUCACCGACGAGGGGCCGCAUUCACAUUCGACGCCCAGCGUUUUCAUGACCUCGUGGUGGCGUUACGACAGCCUGUUCAUGACGAUUCCGAGGCCAUCUACGCGCCUAGCUUUGACCACGCAUUGAAGGACCCGGUGGAGGACGACAUUGCUGUGACUUCUCGGUCGCGCAUCGUGAUCUUCGAGGGCCUCUAUCUCGCUCUAGAUAGGGCACCGUGGAACAAAGCCGCGCAACUCAUGGACGAGCUAUGGUUUGUGGAGGUCGAUCGAGAGGUAGCUCGCUCCCGACUGGUCAAGCGUCAUGUCGCAGCUGGGAUUGUUGCCGAUGAGGCGGCCGCCGAGCUUCGCGUAAGCAGCACAGAUUUUUUAAACGCCGACGACAUUCUGGCGAACAGACUACCCAUUCAGGAGCACAUCCUUAUGGGUUGA